AUGAAGCUUGCAGCAUUCCUUGCUCUCACCGGAAGUGUUGACUUGGCAGAAUGCCAUCGCUUCCGAUCAGAACUGGCAGGGAAAUCUGCCGUGCUCCAAAGUGAAGGAAACGCCUUCAACUUCCUUCACCUGGGAGGCGCUUUCACUGACUGCUCGAAUCCCACUAUUUUGGACGCAAAUUCCAUGGGCGUCACAAGCUUCCAGGGUGCCUCCCAGACAUGUACUAGCAAUUCCAAUUGUUCGUUCUUUAUGUUGAACACGGACGAAGGAAAGCUAUACCUUUGCCCGGAUAGUAGCGGAUUCCUUCACGCCUCUCCAAGCACGUCUUGGAUAAUUGGCGUGAAGCCAUCCGCUCUUGACAGGGCUGGCUACAAAGUCUCACUCAACAAGCAAGCGAUUUGCAAGAACGUCAUCUCGAAGCAAACGGUGACUUCCAUCGAUGAAGCAGAAGUGCUGGCUCGAAGCCUGCAAUCUGACGUGUUUUCACUCAACUUGAACAAGGGCGCCGCUGCCGGGCCUUCUGUCCCUUCGAUGGUGCGCUCCACCGUUUGCCCUACUAAAGAAUGCCUCUUCAAACUAUCUAUUCAGACCGCUUUCUUUUGCCAUGGAGCGUCCGAGUAA